UUCUGCUGGGGAAGAGGAAGGAUUCUAACAAAAUUUCUAGGGUUUAAGGUUUUUGAAAUUUCCCAAUCAUCAUCGAUUCAUCAUGCUUUAAUCCAAUUCCAGAUCUAUCAUUCCACAAUCAUCACCAUCAUGUUUACUCUCCGUAGAGCUUCAAAUCAUUUUAGAACCAGACUACAUUGUUUAAGAGCAGCAGCUCCUCCCCAAACAUAUCAAUCGAAAUCAAACAUUCUUCAUCAAAUUUCACAAAAUCAACCAAUUAAUCUUCAUCAGACCCAACCACAUCAUCGAAAUUUCUUCACAUCACAAUCAGAUGCAAAGAGUAACGGGGAAGAACAACAACGACAACAAGAAGAUGAAGGUGAAAAUCUGGAAGAUGGGAUCGAUGAGCUCGGUGAUUCUUCUACUAAGGAAGAAGAUGCAGUACCCAAGGCUGAGGAAAAGGAGGAGGUAAGAACUGUUCCAUUCAGUCUAUUUAAUGUAGUAGCCAGUGCACCUUCAAGGGAUGUUUAUGCAGCACUUGAUAAGUCUAUGGAAGAAAUUAAGGAAGUGGAGCAUGUUAAGAUCAGGGAAGUGUUACAUAAUCUUAGGAAAUGCAAAAUGUAUGAAUUUGCAUAUCAAUUAUCAAACUGGUUAGAAUCAAAACACUUGUUUAUCUGUGAAGAGGAGAAAGAUUAUGCGACUCGCCUCGAUUUGAUUGCUAAGAGACGCGGAAUGGCAUUGGCUGAGAAGUAUAUGAACAAUUCGAUUCCGGAGACGUGUAAGGGGGAGACGGUGUAUGGGACUAUGUUGUGUAAUUAUGUUAGUGUUGGUGAUGUGAAGAAUGCUGAACAAGUGUUUGAGAAAAUGAGGGAGUUGGGGUUUCCGGUGAGUGGUUUUGUUUGUCAACAGAUGAUAUUGUUGUAUAAGAAAUUUGAUAAGAGAAAGAUAAAGAGUGUAUUGUUGUUAAUGGAGGAAAAUGAUGUGAAGCCGACUCGGUUCACUUACCUGCUGUUGAUUGAUUUGAAAGGGGAGGCUAAUGAUAUAGCAGGGAUGGAAGAGUUGGUUGAAGCCCUGAAGAGUGAUGGUUUGGAGUUAGAUAACUAUAUCCGUGCCGUUUUGGCUAGACACUAUAUUGGUGCAGGGUUCGGUGAGAAGGCAGGGGAGAUUUUGAAGGAGAUGGAAGGGGAAGGUUUGGAGGUAAAUCAUGGUGCGUGUAAGAAUUUACUUCCUCUUUAUGCGGCUCUUGGUAAGGCCGAUGAGGUUGGAAGGAUAUGGAAGGUUUGUGAAGCAGACGGUCGUGCUCAUGACUGCUUGGCUGCCAUCAGUGCUUUUGGCAAAGUGGGAAGAGUAGAAAAGGCAGAAGAAAUAUUUGAAAAAAGGAUCAAGUCAGGGAGGAAUAUCUCAUCGAAGGUUUAUACAGCUCUCAUGGAUGUUUAUGUAGACCAUAAGCUACUUGCAAAAGGUGAAGAUUUGGUAAAAAGAAUGGCAAGUUCUGGUUGUCCUAUAAAUCGGUUUCUUUGGGACUCUCUUGUGAAGCUCUACAUAGAUGCUGGGGAGGUUGAAAAAGCGGAUGCAGUUUUGCAGAAGGCUCUGCAGCAAUGGGAUAAACGAAAGAAGCCACCAUUGUAUAAGUCUUUCCAUGUGAUAAUGGAUCAAUAUUCAAGAAGAGGUGAUAUUCAUAACACUGAGAAGAUCUUUCACCAUUUAAAGCAAUCGGGUUAUGUGAGUAAAAUUUGGGAUUACCAAUCUCUUCUCCAGGCUUAUAUAAAAGCCAAAGUCCGGCUUAUGGGUUAA